AUGGGACACUCGCGACGACCCGUUGGCGGAGAGAAGAAGAGUCGAGGCUUCGGUCGCUCGAAGGCUGCGGCCGACAUUGGUGAUGGUCGAGGAGCAGGAGGAAAGCCUCAAGUCAAGAAGGCUGUCUUCGAGACUACGAAGAAAAAGGAGAUCGGAGUGUCGGACCUUACGCUGCUCAGCAAGAUCUCCAACGAGGCCAUUAACGAUAAUCUGAAGCUUCGGUUCGAACAUGGCGAGAUCUAUACCUAUAUCGGACACGUCCUGGUGUCCGUCAACCCCUUUCGAGACUUGGGUAUCUACACUGACCAGGUCCUCGACUCCUACCGGAAUAAGAACCGUCUCGAAGUCCCGCCCCAUGUCUUUGCCGUGGCCGAAUCCGCCUAUUAUAACAUGAACGCAUACAAAGACAACCAAUGUGUGAUUAUCUCGGGAGAAUCGGGUGCCGGAAAGACGGAAGCUGCCAAGCGGAUCAUGCAGUACAUUGCCAGUGUAUCCGGCGGCAGUGAUUCCUCCAUCCAGCAGACCAAGGACAUGGUUUUGGCCACCAACCCUCUGCUCGAAUCUUUUGGUAACGCAAAGACCCUGCGCAAUAACAACUCGUCGCGGUUCGGAAAAUACCUGGAGCUGGAAUUUAACGCCCAAGGUGAGCCGGUGGGUGCGCACAUCACCAACUACCUGCUCGAGAAGUCGCGAGUUGUCGGUCAGAUCACGAAUGAGCGGAACUUCCACAUCUUCUAUCAGUUCACCAAGGCGGCUCCGCAAAAGUACAGAGAUCUGUUUGGUGUACAACAGCCGCAGUCCUAUAUGUAUACGAGCCGGUCGAAGUGCUUCGAUGUGCCAGGUGUGGACGAUAAUGCCGAAUUUCAGGAUACGUUGAAUGCCAUGAGUGUCAUUGGUAUGACGGAGGCUGAGCAGGACGACGUUUUCCGCAUGCUCGCGGCAAUUCUGUGGAUCGGAAACAUUCAGUUUGUCGAGGAUGACCAAGGAAACUCCGCCAUCGCAGACGAGUCGGUUAUCGCAUACGUCGCAUACUUGCUUGAGGUUGACUCGCCUUCAGUGCACAGAGCCAUGACGAUCCGCUUGAUGGAAACGGCACGUGGUGGACGCCGGGGAUCGGUGUACGAAGUGCCCUUGAACACGACACAGGCACUCGCUGUCCGUGACGCCUUGUCCAAGGCGAUUUAUUUCAAUCUCUUCGACUGGAUCGUGGAGCGUAUCAACUCUUCUUUGACCGCCAGAAGCUCGAUUUCCAAUUCGAUCGGUAUUCUGGAUAUUUACGGAUUUGAAAUCUUUGAGAAGAACUCGUUCGAGCAACUUUGUAUCAACUAUGUCAACGAGAAGCUGCAACAGAUCUUCAUUCAGUUGACCUUGAAGGCUGAACAAGAUGAAUAUGCUCGUGAACAGAUCAAGUGGACACCAAUUACCUACUUCGAUAACAAGGUCGUAUGCUCGCUAAUCGAAGACAAACGCCCUCCUGGUGUUUUUGCUGCCUUGAACGAUGCCUGUGCGACGGCCCACGCCGAUUCAAGUGCUGCGGAUAACACCUUCGUCGGUCGUCUCAACUUUUUGGGACAGAACCCCAACUUUGAAAGUCGCCAGGGCCAAUUUAUCGUCAAGCACUACGCUGGUGAUGUGAGCUACUCGGUUCAGGGAAUGACUGAUAAGAACAAGGAUGCACUGCUCAAGGACCUGCUGAACCUCGUUGGAUCGAGUGGCAAUCCGUUUGUCCACACGCUCUUCCCGAACCAGGUUAACCAGGAUGACAAGAGACGGCCGCCAACUGCUAGUGACAAGAUUAAAACCUCUGCGAAUGACCUGGUGGCGACUUUGAUGAAGGCGCAGCCCUCUUACAUCCGAACAAUCAAGCCCAAUGACAACAAGGCACCAAAGGAGUACAACAUUGGGAACGUUCUGCACCAGAUCAAGUACCUGGGUCUCCAAGAGAACGUUCGGAUCAGACGUGCUGGUUUUGCUUAUCGUCAAACCUUCGACAAGUUCGUGGAGCGAUUCUAUCUGCUGUCCCCCAAGACAUCCUAUGCCGGUGAAUACACAUGGACUGGUGACGUCGAGACCGGAGCUCGCCAGAUCUUACAGGACACUAGUAUCCCGACAGAAGAAUACCAGAUGGGUAUCUCGAAGGUCUUUGUCAAGACACCAGAGACGCUCUUUGCUCUGGAGGCGAUGCGUGACCGUUACUGGCACAACAUGGCUAUUCGAAUCCAGCGUGCUUGGCGAAACUACUUGCGGUACCGCACAGAAUGUGCUAUCCGUAUCCAGCGUUUCUGGCGUCGCAUGACUGGCGGUCUCGAAUACAUUAAGAUCCGUGACCAGGGCCACAAGAUUCUUCAGAACCGCAAGGAACGCCGACGGAUGAGUUUGCUUGGUUCUCGUCGGUUCCUGGGUGAUUACCUCGGGGUGGCGAACAAGGGCGGUCCUGGGGAGAUGAUCCGCAGCAAUGCUGGUAUCAGCGGAGCGGAGGAUGUCCUGUUCUCAUGCCGUGGUGAGGUCUUGGUGUCUAAGUUUGGCCGAUCCAGCAAGCCUGCCCCUAGGAUUCUGGUCUUGACAAGCCGACAUGUGUAUAUUGUCGCGCAAAACCUCGUAAACAACCAAUUGGUGAUCUCGUCCGAACGAACGAUCCCAGUGGGUGCAAUCAAGAGUGUCAGCUGCUCGAACCUGAAGGAUGACUGGUUCUCUCUUGUUGUCGGCAGCCCACAAGAACCUGAUCCUCUUCUAAACUGUGUUUUCAAGACGGAGUUCUUCACCCACCUCAACACUGCUCUCCGCGGCUCGCUGAACUUGAAGAUAGCAGACCACGUUGAGUACAACAAGAAGCCUGGCAAGAUUGCUACGGUCAAGUCCGUCAAGGAUUCAACCGUUGCAAGAGAUGACUUGUACAAGAGUGGUACAAUCCACACAGGCCAGGGAGAGCCUGCCAACGCCGUCUCCAAGCCAACACCACGGCCGAAACAGGUGGCUGCCAGACCUGUUACAACUGGCAAGCUACUUCGUCCUGGAGGUCCUGGAGGCGGUCCAUCUAAGCUGGCAUCGCGACCUAAACCUGCGCCGGCCCCUCGACCUUUGCCUGGGGCAAGUGUUCCCGCACCGGCGCCUGUCCAGCCCAAGCCUAUUCCUCAAUCCGUGUCAGCUGUGGCAGCAGCUGCAACUACACACAGCCGGACCGGCUCUUCGGGUUCUGUGAAGGCUCCUCCACCGCCCCCGCCCGCGCCGCCAGCGACAGCAGCGGCACCGCAGAAACCGGUGGCCAAGGCGUUGUAUGAUUUCUCUAGUGCUCAGGCCAAUGAAUUGUCUGUCCGGGCAGGUGAAAUCGUCCAAGUAGUGUCCCGGGAAGGAAAUGGCUGGUGGCUUUGUAUGAACAUGACGACCUCCGUCCAAGGCUGGGCACCCGAAGCCUACCUAGAAGAGCAAGCCGCACCGGCACCCAAACCGACACCGCCGCCACCGCCACCGGCCGCACCCCGAGCGGCCCCUAGCCCGGUAUCGAACGGAGCCGCCACGGCGGCAGCAGCCAAGGCCAAGCCCGCACCGCCCGCACCGCCAGCUAAGAGACCUAAUAUGGCAGGUCGGAAGACAGCACCAGCACCUCCGCCAGCACCCCGAGACAGCGCAGUUAGCAUGAACCAAGAGUCGAACAGUGGACGCGCGACGCCGACGAACGCCAGUUUGGCCGGUGGCUUGGCAGAGGCAUUGCGGGCGCGUCAAAGUGCGAUGCGGGGAAAGCAAGAUGAUGACGAUGAGUGGUGA